AAUGCAGCAUCCACCCAUCUGACGCUCUGGGCAGCGUUGUUCGGUGGCCACCUGUGGCACGGCUUCAUUGGUGGGCCAGUCACAUUCAAGGCGCUCCCUCGCCAGACUUUCGGCCUCAUCCAGUCAAAGAUUUUCCCUAUCUACUUCGCAGCCGGCACAAUCAUCCCUGCAGCCCUCGCUGGCAACAUCGCAUAUGCUAAUGGCGGCUUCAAUGAUCUUCCCACUCUCCCCCUCUCCAUCCUCGCCGUCCCAUUCGUCGCCAACCUCAUCAAUUGGGUCUACCUCGGGCCCAAGGCGACAAAGCUCAUGUUUGAGAGGCAUGCGCAAGAGAAGAAGGAGGGAGUGGAUGCUCACAAGGACAAGGAUCGCAUCUCGCCCAAGAUCAAGGCCAUGAACAAGCAGUUCGCCAAGCUCCACGGCUUUUCCAGUCUACUCAACCUGGCCUCCUUUGGUGCUCUGCUUAUCCACGGUUCGGUGAGUGGCAGU